AUGCAGGCCGUGCUGACGGUCGCCCGCGGAGUUUGGGGAUGUCGGCGUCCGGGGCUCCUUGGUGCCCGGCGGGCUCGGGGUGAGCUCCGAGCGCUGCUCACGUCCUCACUUCCCCAUCCUUCCCGUUCUUCCCGCAGCGCCGGCCUAGGCCGCGGCGUGCACGCAGGCGUGCGGAGGCUGCAGGAGCUGGCGGAGAAAGGGGCCGAGAGCCUGAGCGGCACCGAGCUGAGCCCCUUAAUCCUGCAGAGGAACUCCAUGAGGUGGGACGGAAAGACGUAUGAAGAGAUCCCGAUAGCUCACAUCAAAGCCACGUACAACAAUACCCACAUCCAAGUGGUCAGCUUUGACAACAGGCCGUUUGCCCGUACAUCCUGUGGCACUGAAGGCUUCCAGAAUGCCAAGAAGGCAACUGCCAUUGCGGCACAGACAGCUGGCAUAGCGGCAGCAGCGAAAGCACGCGGAAAGGGUGUGCUGCAUGUACGAGUCAUGGUGAAAGGACUGGGGCCAGGACGCAAAGCUGCCAUCAAGGGGCUGACUAUGGGAGGUUUGGAGGUCAUCUCCAUCACCGACAACACCCCAGUUCCACACAACGGCUGCCGCCCACGGAAAGCCAGGCGGAUGUGAGAAGGGAAUGGAAGAGACACUGCAUUCAAUAUUAGCUCAUAUAACAGGGACUGGGUUGUGUCACAUUCUGAAAAGCCAUCCUCCCUGGAAUUUCUUGAUGAGAGAAGGUUUAAGAAGACCCCUUAGAAGCCCAAGGGGUAGAAGAAGCUGGUGGUAAAUGCAGGAAUACAUGUAAUUCCUUAGUGGGAAGCCUCUUGUGUGUAAAGUUUGUUGAUUAAAAUGUUGGUCUUUUGACAGUCA